UAUCACCAGCCGCUUGUCGCGUUUGACCAACAUCGCCAGUCAUUUCGUUCAGCUACCUCGCAACGCAAUGUACCUGUGUGUUGUGUUCUUCCUUAUCUGUGGUACGGCUGGGGCCUUUCAGGACUCUAACGAAAAUGAUGGUCUGACUGGUCUAAGGCCCUUGGGGACGGCGAAAACAAACCACAAUGCGCAGGACGAAAAACACAGGAGAUUUCAGGAACAGGCAAAAGCCCUCGCCCAGAUUAGCGAUCCCUUUAAUCGGGAAAGAUUAAUUUAUAUUCAAUUACUACAACUUAAAGACGCGCAGGAAGAGUCAUUAAAACUGAAAGAAGAAAACGCGCAGGACGAAAAACACAGGAGACUUUGGGAACAGGCAAAAGCCCUCGCCCAGACUAGCGAUCCCUUUGAUCGGGAAAGAUUAAUUUAUAUUGAAUUACUAAAACUUAAAGACGCGCAGGAAGAAUCAGUAAAACUGAGAGAAGAAUCAGUAAAACUGAGAGAAGAAUCAGUAAAACUGAGAGAAGAAUCAAAAAGAACUGAAGGAAAUCUGAAAGAAGAAAACAUAAGAUUACAAGAGGAAAUAUCCAUCAUUCUCGCCGGGAACAUAAUUGAAAAAUUGGAAGAGACAUAUGGAAAACAAUUCGGAACAGAAAUCGAUAGAGGAGAACGAUGGACCUUGAUGAUGGAUUUGAACGAUCCGCCUAUGUUAUUCAUGUCAAAAACAGCUAAUGAUAAAGGGGUAGGUAUUGAUGAUUUGGCAGAGAUUGUAAAGAAAAUAAUGAGAAUCAGGGAUGAAAAGGUGCAUGAUCAGAUUCUGGAGCGAAAAUUUCCGAAUAUUUGUGAAAGUUUUCGUAAAGACCACUUGCAUGUGUACAAUGGUUGGUAGGUGUGUUAGAAAAGGCCUACGAAAUUAUGUUGAAACAAAAAGAGUUGCAAGAAAAAAAGUUGAGAGAAAAAAAGUUGAGAGAAAAAAAUUUGAAAGAAACUGAGUUGAAAGAAACCAAAAACAAUCAUGAAAGUCUACGUAGUGAGACCAAAUAGAUGAAACAUUAUAGCUUCUGAAAUAAUGAUUAAAUCAUUUUUUUUGUACAGAGGUUCAUUUUUGAAGUUGGUCAUCUUCUGUUUGUUUAGAGACUGAAAAGUCUAGUAAAAAAUGAUAAACAUGUUUUCCUGAUAAUUUUCAAAUAAAUCUAAUUUUAAUUUUGCCUCCGUUCGUAACCACUGAAGCUCAUCAAGAAGUUGUAUAUUUGGUUCAGAAUCAGCUUUGUUUAACUUCCCAAUCAGAUAUAAGUUUUUCAAUGAAUUUGUCCGACUUAGAGCUACAUACAAUAAACUGGUUGUUUUAAAUCUUAUUGCGUUAUAAUGGACACAUACUAUUUCAUAAGUGCUUUCGUGUGACUUAUGUAUAGAAAUUGCAGCCGCUGGAGUUAUAGGAAACUGUUUCCGUGUCACUGUUAUAUUGUUUUUAUAAUUAUUUUUAGUGUUACUUCAUGUCUCUUGAUUGGUACACUAUCUACUUCAUUUGUAGUAGUCAAUGCGUGAUUAAAAUGUGGAGAUGUAAUCCUUUUUGCCGCACUUCCUAUUGAAGGAUCUUCAAAUUUAAAAUAAAGUUGUGUUGGAAUGUCA